ACACACAAGCUACGUCACAUGUCGGGAAUGCAGUGAGGAGCUGCUGCUGCUGCUGCUGAAGGCCUCAGGAUCCGUGACAAAAUGAGACCGAAGAGAAGAGGGGAGUCACUGUAAAGGUACUGUAAAAGCCUGCCAUGUCCGGUCCCACCUGGCUUCCUCCGAGAACUCUGGACAGCCCAGAGCGAGCCGUCCCCCAGAUGUCCCACUCUGCCGGGUCAGCAAUCUACCGAGCCCCCAACAAGAAGGGCGUGUCCGACUUCCGGCCAAAAUAUGGUUCCUACGACCAGAAUGGUGGAGGAGGAGGGGAGAUGGCCAAUAGGUACAUGGCUACUGGACCCACAGUAGGUGGACCCAUCCAUCAUCCCUCUAGCGAUCACUAUUACUCCCCUCCCCAUGGUUCCAAGGAAGAGCGCAACUGGAGCCCUCACAUGGACAGCUACGAGCUGAUGCAUCGUGGACCUGAGAAGCCAGUGAACUAUCACUCUAAAAUCGAUGCGGAUAUUGACUCCCUCACCAGUAUGCUUGCUGAUCUGGACAGUCACCCGCAGGAUUCCAGCACACAACUGUACGACAAUGUGCCUUACAACAAAUACCUCUCAGGGGAUCACUACAAGCCUGCACACCAGAGCGCAGCCCCUCCUCAGGGUCGGCCAUCCAUGGGCUAUCCCCCUCACCCCCAGAGCCAAUACCACCCGGCGCCCCCUUACCCCAGUGAGCACCAGGCACCUCAGUACUCCACCUCCCACCAGCAGGACUACUACUCCUCCUCUUCAACCCCUAAACCCUACCCUCAGCCCGUUCCUGCCUCGUACACCACUGCCUCCACCCCCACCGGGCCCAGGUUCAGCGUCCAGGUCAAGACGGCACAGCCUGUCACCUACUCACAGACAGGGAGACAGGCUGAACAGGCCUACACCCCACCCCCUCCUCGCCAGCACGUGUCACGCCCCCCACCGCAGACUCAGGCAAGUCCUCAGGGCUGGUACCCUCCACACCCCAGUUCACAAGCUCAAGAUUUGCACUCUGAGGUGGGGUACAAGGGGAGUGGCUCAGGCUCUGGAGGAAGAGUCAACCAGGGUCCAAUAUCUAAGAGAGGGAUGGAAAAUAAUCAGACUGUGUCAGGAGCUGCACAGAGUCCUGCUUAUCAGUCCAGCAAGCAGGGAAUAGCAACAACAAGGCCUGAGGAGGAGCUGGAUCGACUCACCAAGAAGUUGGUAUAUGAUAUGAACCACCCACCCGCAGAGGAGUACUUUGGUCGCUGUGCCCGCUGUGGUGACAACGUGGUCGGUGAUGGCAGUGGCUGUAUCGCCAUGGAGCAGGUGUUUCACGUGGAGUGUUUCACAUGUAUCACCUGCCAUGCCCGUCUCCGAGGGCAACCGUUCUACGCCCUGGACAAGAGGAGUUACUGCGAGAGUUGUUACAUUAGUACACUAGAGCGCUGUUCAAAGUGCUCCAAGCCCAUCCUGGACCGUAUCCUGCGGGCCAUGGGAAAGGCCUACCAUCCUCGCUGUUUCACAUGUGUGGUGUGUAACUGCUGCUUGGACGGGGUGCCCUUCACCGUGGAUGCCACCUCUCAGAUACACUGCAUAGAGGACUUUCAUAGGAAGUAUGCGCCUCGCUGCUCGGUGUGUGGUGAGCCCAUCAUGCCUGAACCGGGGCAGGAGGAGACCGUCAGGAUAGUGGCUCUGGACCGGAGCUUCCAUGUCAAUUGUUACGUCUGUGAGGAAUGUGGUCUCCUGCUGUCGUCUGAAGGGGAGGGUCGAGGCUGUUACCCGCUGGACGGCCACAUCUUGUGUAAGAGCUGCAGCGCUCGCCGCAUCCAGGACCUCUCAGCCAAAAUCUCCACUGACUGCUAACAAAGCUCCUGGGUCGAGGGCACCUUUUCAGCACAAACAGUCAACAUAUUACACGUGACUGACAUCACAGACAGGACAUGCCCCGGCUUUGUUCUGUCAAGUGAAUUACUUUUUGUUUUUUCUCUUGGUUGCUCUGAUCAUGAAUUGACAAACAUUGCUAUAGCUCCCUCUGUUGUUCUGCAGCUGCAACUUCAUGCACAGAGGAACAUUUUCUGUUUUUAGUCUUACUGAUUCACAUGAGAGAGUUGCAACAGAGCAACCACCUCACUAAUUUCCUUUCAUUCAGAUGUCCUACCAUCUUCUCUCUUUUUGUUGGUACACAGCCGCCCUGCUUUUCACAUUUAGCACAGUAUCAUAUUAGAAUGACAUUAGCCUGACCUGCAGGCAGCUUGGGCUCCACAUACCAUUUAUUCACACCGGUACUCACCUAGUAGCUUGCACAUUAUCACUCAGAUUGUCACCGUCAAAGACAAUGAAAGUGUGGAGGGAUAUCACAGAUUCAGGCCUGAAAAUGAGUAUUUUUGUAGAGAAGCGGCACAAAUGAGAAUGAGGGCGACGGCUCGUCUAGACGUGUCUAAGCGCUGGGACCUGUACAUUUGUAAAACGUCAAAGUGCGGAACUGCCUCAAAAAAAAAAAAGCAUUUUAAAAGCACAUAAAGCAACAACUGUGACUGUACAUAACAGACUGCUUGGGUUUGACAGUGAAACUGAUUUGAACAGCAUGUAGCCUUUAGUGCAGUGAAUCUUUGCAGUGAGUAGCCUCAUAGAACAAGAAAUGUAGACGAAAGGAAUGUGUAGUUAACUUUACAGCACACAACCUAAUUUUUUUUUUUAAAUCCUCUUUAACUUUUACUGAAUGCUAGUACAAUAUUUGCUUGAACAGAUCUCAUUAUUCAAUCAUUACAAUAUCAUGUUGUUUAGUUGAUAAAUCAAAGCUUAUAACAGGAUUUUUGCCAUUUUUUUUUUUUUAAACAUCCAGAAUAACAUUCUUGAAUGUCUACGAUACACAAUCUUGCUUUGGUUUUGUUUAAUAUUUGUUGUGUGCUUGAUACUUGACUGUUACAUUGAAGACGAUGGUGCAAUGAAGUCAAAUGCUUUCUUCUGUGUAAAGGAAAACAGGGUGUCGGUCACUUAUGCGGCUUGAAAGCAUCCUACUUUACGAAGCUUGAGCCUCAUGUGAAGCGUCUCUAAAUGUGGGGAAAUUAUGGAACUGAAGUUGUAGUAAUAAGUAUGUUGGGUAAAUUCUUUUACUUGACAAAUACUUUUACAUACUGGUUAUUCUUUACAUUAGAUGAAAUAAGUGGAGUUUAAUAUCAUGUAUUUCCUCCUCCCCAAAAAAAACAGAUUGUGAUUUUUGGAUUACAAGUCUUCGCAUGUGGAGUUUAUUUUUGUUCAUCCUUGCACUCAUGUGGGCCAAGUUGUCAUAUUCUGAGACUUUGGAGCUACAGUAUUUGUUAUGAUUGUGUUUAACCGCUGUCUUUCCGUCCUCAUUUUGUAUAUGUGUAACUUAAAGGGCUAGAAAUUUGAAAGCCUUACCUCAAGGAUGUCAUUCAGUUUCAUAAUGAUCCUUUUGUGAAACUGAGUUUGUCUGUGAAUUCUGCUUUUUUUUUCUCUUUUUUUUGUGCUCAUGCUUAAACAGUUUUCAUCACUUGUUAAUUUAUCUCAUGAUGUAUAUACUGUAUUAGCACUAUUCAGCUUUUUACCACCAAGGCAAUCAUUUCAUUAAUGCUCAGAUGUAUCAUUUUUAAAAUCCUGAAUCAUGCCAACGCAUCCAUUCAUCGUUCUUACUGUUUGAAAUGCUGUGAAUCGGAGCUCGUAGAUCAAAACCCACGGUACUGCAGCAGACUUCAGUCCGCUGAUGAAUUCACACUGAGGAGAGGGAGGCCAUUUUGUACUGAAUAGACAGAUUAUUAGUAGAAAUGACAGUUAGUUACAUGAAUGGGAGAGCAUGUGAACCCGAGGGUGGAUUUUUCUCCUGAUGCAGGUUGUAGAAACAUAAUUGAUUAUUAAAAUGUCAGCAAGUUCA